UUCUAACAUAAGUCAUAAUGGAUAAGGUGCAGGAGGAUAAUACAGCUAAAGAAGCAGAUAAGACAAACGAUUUUACUCUGCCCAGUAUCCGCAAAAAUAUCCCUGAAGCUCCCAUUUUGAGUGAUAAAAAUGAUAAUAGUCCAGAUAUUUACGUAUCAGUAUAAAUAAGCCAAAGCAUCCCUCUGAGCAAGAAAGCUUAGAAAAUGAUGUAGAUGGCUUUGAAGAUGAGGCUGAAAAACGAAUAAACAUUAGUGAUAACAACAUAAAUACAAGCAGUAAGACCUAACUGUGCUUUUAACCACCUCGUUCAUAUUUGUUGACCUUCUAAUAGACAUCGGACUUAAUGAAGACCAAGACUCAGAUGAAGAGAGCAAGAUUGACCUAGCUCAAGCGAGACAAAACGAGCAGGAAUUAGUUUUCAAGAAGGAUGAUGAAGAGCAAACGGCUAACUACUCUCAUCUUAAGUUCCUUCAGCUGAUAAUGGACAAAUCAACCAGUGCAACCAAGCAUAAAGAAGAUGAAUUUUUCUUGCCAAAAGAUCUUGGAAUUAAGAGCUCAUCCUCUUCUUCGAGCAGCAGCAGCUUAUCAACCCCUCGAAGUGUUCACAAGAAAUUCGAUAAGGUGAAGGAGAGUUUUUCUUCCUCCAGCAGAGUGCUUAACACUCAGGGGAAAUUUAGAAAGAUCGAGUCAAGGAAAUCCAUCAGUCUUGGAGUGAUUAAGAACAACAACGAGGAACAAGAGAAAGAACCAAGCCCUCCGCCAAAGGCGAGAUUGAGUUUAUACAAGCAAAGCACUCUUAUGAAUACCGAUAUCGACAGACUUCUUUGAAAUGACCUUUUCGAUAGUGAGGCUGCCACUCCAAAAAUAGUGAACUCGUUUAAUCACAAGCCGGUGACUGAUCAAUGGAAGUUAUGUAUAUUUGAACUUGGCAAAGCACAAUACCAUACCUUUCACAACAAAAUGAUUGCGAAUUAUGACAUCCCAAUAGUACCCGAGGAUGAGACAGUGAUUCUUUGAGUAAAUUUCUCACAAAAGGAGCUGAAAAGUUUGCUGAAAGACCGCCUCGAGAUAAACCCAAUCCUCUACUCAGAAUGCAUGCUACUUUCCCAGGUUGACAAAAUCCUUGAGUUCAACGACAGAGCGAUAUUCUACAACAUGGUUAUCACCAGGGAGUACUUUGAUGAUGAACCGAUCAUCAUCAGAGCCAUCAGGAAGAAGAACUUUGCCGUAAUAAUCGUCAAUGAGUUAGAUAAUGACUCUUUCAAGAUCUCAGAGAAUCUACCAAAGAAGUUUAAAUUCAAGCAGAUAGAGAAUGCCUUCACUCCUCUGAGCUUGAAGGUCAAGAAUUCUGUUGGUGGACCAAAUCAGAACGAUCCUCCUCUGAGUGAGGCCUCCUCGCUUUCGCAUGAAGAGCCACAGCAGAUCAUCAAGAAAGGAGAGGUAGGCAAUGUGAUCAUCCAACGGAUGAAAACUCUGAUUCCCAACAAGGGAAAAGUUACAAUUGAUUCCAUUCUCUUCUGGAUUUCUAACGAAGGACUCAAGAGAAUAGAGAAGCUUAUCAAUGAAGACCUGCUCAGGGAGGUCAACAACAUCCAAAACCAAAGCAGAAAUCUUGGAAUUGACAGCAAGCUCGAGUUUCUUCAGAAACUAGAUAUCUUCCAGAAUCACUACAUUGGAGCCCAGAAUGAGAAGGAGUCCAAGAAAUGAUAUUUCGAAGAGAUUAUUAAAUCCGAGCUUCCCAGCCUGGAGUUUAGGUAUCUGAUCAGGCACCUUAAAAGUCGGAUGACAAAUCUCAAUCAUACAGCAUUCAUCAUAGAAAGAAGGCUUGAGAUGGCUAGGAACCGAUUCGUAGCCUCUAUAGAUGCUAGUAUUAGUAACUACUCAAGAGGUCUGGAUUCCUUGAUGAAGAAAUUUGCCGUCAUUGCAACAAUCUUCCUCCCACUCCAGUUAAUCUCAGGAAUGUGGGGGAUGAACUGAAAGGUCCCAUUCCAAACAACUGAUAGCACAUGGCCCUUCUGGGCUCUCACAGCGGUCAUGGUCAUCAUGAGCCUUGGCUUCUGGAUCAUUUUCAAAAAAAAGAAGUUCUUGUAAAUCUAGCUAAAUUUCAAUAAUCUUUCCUUCAUGU